AAAAGUUGUGCCGAGGCUGAUAAGAAAGGUGUUGAUACCAUGACAGUUUUCCUCUCCUUUGCUUUCCUGGCUGCUAUUCUGACUCACAUAGGGUGCAGUAAUCAACGGAGAAGCCCGGACAGUAGCGGGCGAAGGUACAAUCGGAUUCAGCACGGACAGUGCGCCUACACUUUCAUUCUGCCGGAACAGGACAUUAACUGCCGGGAGAGCACCACGGACCAGUACAACACCAAUGCGCUGCAGAGAGAUGCUCCUCUCGUGGAACCGGAUUUCUCUUCCCAGAAACUGCAACAUCUGGAACAUGUGAUGGAAAACUAUACUCAGUGGCUGCAAAAACUUGAGAAUUACAUUGUGGAAAAUAUGAAGUCGGAGAUGGCUCAGCUACAGCAGAAUGCCGUUCAGAACCAUACGGCCACCAUGCUUGAGAUAGGAACCAGCCUUCUUAGUCAGACAGCAGAGCAGACAAGAAAACUUACAGAUGUUGAGACCCAGGUCCUAAAUCAGACAUCUCGACUUGAAAUUCAGCUAUUGGAGAAUUCAUUAUCAACUUACAAGCUAGAAAAACAACUGCUUCAACAGACACAUGAAAUCCUAAAAAUCCACGAGAAAAACAGUCUAUUAGAGCAUAAAAUCCUAGAAAUGGAAGAAAGACACAAGGAAGAGUUGGACACUUUAAAGGAAGAGAAGGAGAACCUGCAAAGCCUGGUUACUCGUCAGACAUACAUAAUCCAGGAGUUGGAGAAACAGUUAAACAGGGCAACCAGUAACAACAGUGUCCUUCAGAAGCAACAGCUGGAGUUGAUGGACACAGUUCACAACCUCGUCAAUCUUUGUACUAAAGAAGGUGUUUUACUUAAGAGUGCAAAAAGAGAGGAGGACAAACCAUUUAGAGACUGUGCAGAUGUGUAUCAAGCUGGUUUUAAUAAAAGUGGAAUCUACACUAUUUAUAUUAAUAACGUGCCAGAGCCCAAAAAGGUAUUUUGCAAUAUGGAGCUUACAGGAGGAGGUUGGACAGUGAUACAACAUCGUGAAGAUGGGAGUCUGGAUUUUCAAAGAGGAUGGAAAGAAUACAAAAUGGGUUUUGGUAAUCCAUCUGGUGAAUACUGGCUGGGAAAUGAGUUUAUCUUUGCAAUUACCAGUCAGAGGCAAUAUUCUCUAAGAAUUGAGUUAAUGGACUGGGAAGGAAAUCGUGCAUAUUCACUGUAUGACAGAUUUCACAUAGGAAAUGAAAAGCAAAAUUAUAGGUUAUAUUUAAAAGGCCACAGUGGGACAGCAGGAAAACAGAGUAGUCUGAUCUUACAUGGUGCUGAUUUUAGCACGAAAGAUGCUGAUAAUGACAACUGUAUGUGCAAAUGUGCUGUCAUGCUAACUGGAGGCUGGUGGUUUGAUGCCUGUGGCCCAUCCAAUCUCAAUGGGAUGUUCUAUACUGCCGGGCAGAACCAUGGAAAGCUGAAUGGGAUCAAGUGGCAUUACUUCAAAGGCCCCAGCUAUUCCUUACGGUCUACAACAAUGAUGAUCCGACCCUCUGACUUCUGAAAGCACCCCAUCGGAAGCCAUUAGAAGUCAACAAACAGAUACACGGAGCCGAGCUACUACCAGAAGACAGACUUCUUGUGUCAACAACCGGAAGCAAACAGUCUCAACUUCCCUCCACCUGUGUAGUAGUGAAAUGGAAGCCCAGUUGUUUCUCUCCUUUGGCUUAAAGGCAUGAUCAAACUCACCAAAGUCUCCCCUUGGGCUGCUGAGCCUAGAUUUUCGGGCUAAAUGGAAUGUGCUUCACCAUUCCACUUGACAAAAGAAAGAAAAGAGUUCACUUGCUGGGUUUCAUCUGCUAUACCUGGAGCUCACCUUGGAACGAUGAGGACCAGAUGGCCAAUGCAUUUUCUUUCAUUGGAAAAAGGCCAAUUAAAAAAGGAGAGUAUUGACUUCAGAACUGAAGGACAAAAAAAAUCAACUCACCGUUAUCCAUUAGGGGAAAAAUAAAUGUAUUUCACCCAUGAAAUGGCAUCACAUCUAUGCAAAGUAUGGCAAAGAAGGCUUUGGUUCUUGCACAGCUCAAAUGAAUGUCCAGGAGGAACAUUUGGAUC